AGAGAAUAGAAGCCCACAUCUUUGUGGACACAGUUUAUGCUUAUACCUAUGACUGCCAUGGGUUGCCUCCUUAGCUAUAUAUUAGCUGAGUCCUGAAUUUCAAAAAAAGCAGAAACAGCAAUUUUACGGUUUGGGAACAUGGGUACUAAAGUUUUGAUGCUGCUAUGCUUCUUGACCUCUAUGCGCAUAAAUUCACUUGCUGCACAACAAGAACACCGAGAAGAAGAAGCAGAGCAAUUGUUUUCCUUACAACCCAAACAAUGGAAUGGCAGGGUGAUAGAAGUGAAAGGAGGCCCAGAAUCAGUGAUAUGGGUGGUGCAGCUAUCUGAUCUCCAUUUUAGUGUCCACCAACCUGAUAGAGCUCUUGACUUCAAGAAAAUUGUAGGUCCUGCUCUUCAAAUGAUUAACCCUUCUCUCGUCCUCAUCACUGGUGAUCUCACAGAUGGGAAAAGCAAGGACUUGUUAGUAAUGAAACAAAACGAAGAUGAGUGGCUAGAAUACCAAAAUAUAAUUGAAGAUGUUGUGAAAAGAAGUGGACUUGAUAAGAACAUCUUCUAUGAUCUCAGAGGAAAUCAUGAUAUUUUUGGAGUACCCGUUGUUGGUGGUUCAUUUGAUUUCUUUUCGAAAUACAGCAUUAAUGGGCAGUUAGCAAGAAGGGGAAAUGUCAACAGUGUUACCCUUGAGACUGGCGAGCGCAAACAUCUCUUUAUUGGGUUGGACACUGCAAUGUCUGUUGGUUUGCGGGGCCCAACUAAUCUUUUUGGGCAUCCCACUGACCAACUAUUAACUCAAUUAGAUUCUCAGCUAUCACAAUGGGAUUCUCAAACAAAUAAACCUGUAACUAAAAUAUCCUUUGGACAUUUUCCACUUUCAUUCUCAGCAUCCUCGCAUUCUGGGAAGAGCCUGAAAGAUAUUUUUCUUAAUCAUUCCAUAUCAGCUUAUUUGUGUGGGCAUCUUCAUGCUAGGUUUGGUAAGAAUUUAAAACGGCACCACCAGUCAACGUCAAGUCAAAACCUUUUGUCCUUGCAGAAAUUUUUUCAGUUAAAUAUGCAACAAAUACCUUCAGGAAGUGCAAAAAACUGUUCAUUUGGAGCUCCAUCAGCUGAGGAGUUCUGGGAGUGGGAGAUGGGUGACUGGAGGAAAAGUAGAGCCAUGCGGAUUAUGGCUAUUGACAGAGGUCAUGUUUCAUAUUUGGACAUUGAUUUCAAAUCAGGAGCCAAAAAAACUAUUGUAUUGCCCACAUUUCCACUAGAUUCUCGCUUCAUGUCAACAUCUUCAUGGCAUCAAAAGUAUGAAUGUCAACAUAUGGUCCCUUCAUCUUAUGAGACAAUCAGAGCUCUUGUGUUUUCUGUUUCUCCAAUUGUGUCUGUUGUUGCCAGGAUCUAUGAUGCAAGACCUGGAACUCUGAAUAUUGUCUUGGAAACACCCAUGAUGAAGGUUGUGGUAGAUAUGUCCAGGGGAGAUUUUUAUGCAGCUCCUUGGAAUCACAAAGCCUUCGAUGAUCCAUCUCCUGAUAGAUUUUGGCUGCAAAUAGAAGUAAUUGACAUAAUGGGAAGAUCAACUUUGUCUGAACUAAGGCCAUUUUCAGUAAAUGGUUUAACUACUAAGAUCUCAUGGACAUGGAAGGAAUUCUUUGUGAUGGGUUGUCAAUGGGCUGAGUUGUAUUAUCCAAUCUUCUGGUCUGUUAUAUAUUUAAUGUUAUCCAUUCUGCUUAUUCCAAGACUUCUCUUAUUUUCAAAGAAGCAGUACUCUUACAAGUCUUUUAUUGUUGAAAAAGGUUUCUUCAAUGGUAUAGCAUGGGUUUUUCAGGACCUCUGCAGGCUUCCCAUUACAUGGUUUGGUAUUUUAGGGUAUUUGAUAUACCUUUUAUUGUUUCCCUGGUUUAUUGGGCAAGUUUUCACUGAUGGUGAGGAUAAGGGGUACAUGACCUACAUGGGAUGGGUGGUAAGAUCAUCCAAUGACAACGGAAAUCAGGAGUACAUUGGAUCUCCAGAUAUAAUGGUGGUUGUCCUUCCCCAUCUCAUCUUUGUGGUUUUGCCUGCUACUUUUGUUGCUGGGGCAUUGGCUGCUGAAAGAGGCAUGUUCAAGGAACAUUUUCUCUCUCUUUCAGGGAAGAAAGAAGAUGAUGAUUCUGGUCAGAUGAAUAAGAAAUCUCAAGUGCUUGAUAAACAGGGAGAUAGAAGACUGAAAUUUUAUUUUGGUCGUAGGUGCAUUCGGAAAGUUCUAUUGGUGGUUUGCUUGGGAAUCUGUUGGAAGCAUUUUAUGAAUUGCAGAGCCCUUAUGAAAGCUUAUGAGAUGAACCCAUUGUUCCAUUUUCCGGGCUAUAGCCUUGCAAUUCCAUUGCUGUUGGCUUACACUAUCUACAAAACCAGGAGGAUUUAACAAGUGCCAGAGUGAGGACCCUGAGCUACAAAAUCAAACUAUUUAUAUGAUUAUGGAAAGUAAUUGCAAAAUGUGAAGAAGCUUGGUGACAUCAACACAAAACCCUGUUUCAAGUUAUCAGAAAUGGUGAACUAUUGCUGCUCUCAAUAUAUUAUAGUGAAAUAAAUUCAAGUACAAGAAACACUUUCCAACGUGAUUGUUGCUUAUCUGAACUCAAAACCAAUGCUGAGGGGAAAAUCAAAACAUUAAGUUCCAGUUUUUAUACUAGUGGUAGGCUGGUAGCUAUAGCUGAUGUUGCUUGAAUGAAAUAGAGUAUCUGCUCAAAUCUGAAAACUAGAAUGCGAGUAUGCAUUCUUGAAAAAGAAUUAAUAAUGAUAGUACUUAUAGCACUGUUUUUUAGUUCUCUUUUCCUUUUAGUUCUUUGCAAACAUUUUGCAUCACUAUGUAUUAGAAACUCAAGGUCCUAAAUUGCUGUGGGCCUGUGGCUGUGUUCUUGAAUUAAUUCUCAUAAUAAGGAUGUGGAGUUGUUGA